CCCAAUAAAUAGUCCUCUCUGAAUCACCGGUGCAGUCACUUGUACUUCUCACUUUCACUGGAUUAAAGAGGCUUAUUGUUAUUUUUUUAUUCAACGUUUCUCUGCAGGACGACAGUCUGAAAGCUGACACUGUUCCACCUGCAGCAUUCUAAGUACUUAAGGUGCUGUGGAGUUGAUGAUGAUGAUGAUGAUGAUGAAGCGCCUCUCAUUACUGUGCCUGUGUGCACUGGUGACCCUGUACGGCCAGGGGGUGCUCUCCCAGGCGCCCUCCUACGGCGAGCGGGGCUCUGAUCUUGGCAUACAGGUGUUUCAGCAGGUGGUUCGCUCCAAGCCCCUGGAAAACGUGGUGCUCUCACCCCACGGUGUGGCUUCCAUCCUUGGGAUGUUGCUACCGGGAGCCCACGGGGACACUCGCAAGCAAGUCCUCAACGCUCUCCGUUACAAGAAGAACGGUCCGUACAGGAUGUUGAAGAAGCUGCACAAGACCUUGACGGCCAAGUCCAACCAAGACCUUGUGCUCAUCGCCAACGCCAUGUUCAGCCAGAACGGCUUCCCCAUGGAGGAGGCCUUCGUGUCCGCCAACAAAGCCAACUUCCAAUGCGAGAGCAGAAGCCUGGACUUUGGCGACCCCAACAGGGCAGCGGAUGUAAUCAACAAAUGGGUCAGCAAUAAGACCAAAGGUCACAUCCCCAGCUUGAUCAAAGCAGACAUGCUGGACUCGGCUAUGACCCGUCUGGUCGCUGUCAACGCCAUCUACUUCAAAGGCCUAUGGAAGUCUCGCUUCCAGCCCGAGAACACCAAGAUGAGGGCCUUCACCGGGGGCAACGGAGAGGUGUACAAAGUCCCCAUGAUGUCCCAACUAUCCGUCUUCAGCAUCGGAAUCGCCACCACACCUCAGGAUCUGAAAUACAAGGUGAUCGAGCUGCCGUAUCACGGCAACACCAUCAGCAUGUUGAUCGUCCUGCCCUCCGAGGAGGACACGCCUCUGUCCCGCGUUAUCCCCCACAUCAGCACGGCCACGGUGCAGAGCUGGACCAAACUGAUGACCAUGAGAAAAGUCCGCCUGCUCAUCCCCAAGUUUACUGCUGAUGCUGAGGUGGAUUUGGAAGCCCCCCUUUCAGCUCUGGGAAUAACGGACAUAUUCAGUGAGAACAAAGCCGACUUCAGACAUCUCAGUGCUGAGCCUCUUCAUGUAUCCAAGGCACUGCAGAAAGCCAAAGUCGUGGUGAAUGAAGAAGGAACAAAAGCAGCAGCUGCCACUACUGCCAUUCUGCUGGCCCGGUCCUCUCCACCGUGGGUUACAGUGGACAGACCUUUCCUCUUCCUCAUCAGACACAACCCAACAGGUACCAUCCUCUUUAUGGGCCAGAUCAACCAGCCUUGAGCCCAUCCAUCACUGGUUUGUCACUGGUAGCAUCGUACGCCAGCAUGGGGAAUGCUUCUACACUGCCACGCAUGAACGAAGACAUGCACACACACACGCACAUACACACAAACUUUGCUGUAGACUUAUGUACAGUGUGUACAUUUGAUGUUAUUUGUUUUAAAUGUCGCUUUUUUUAUGUUACCCAUUUUUCUGUAACGCAUAACAUGCUUUAUAAAAUGUUUUUUCAGACUAAAUUUUCCAGCUGUUUUAAUUUUUUUUAAAUUCUAUUUUGUUUUUAUACUUUUUUGAAUUUAUUACGUUUUUAAAAAGACUUUGAAUGUCAGUUGUGUAUUUUCUCAACUCUGGAGUAGUAAAAAUCAGUUUAUUUAUCGUGCUGUUGUUUCAGUUUAGAAGUUCUCCAUCUCAAGUCACGUCACUCCAGUCCGCUCUAAGUUUCACUCCUAAGUUAUGGCCAUGAACGUCCCAUCAUGAACGUCCCAUCAUGAACGUCCCAUCAUGAACGUCCCAUCAUGAACGUCUUGCAUUCAGAUACUUUACAAUGAUUGUUUUCCCUCACUGAGGAGGUAUUCUGUUAUCAUACUUGCUUCAUGUUUGAUCAAAUAAA